CUCUCUCUCUCUCUCUCUCUCUCUCUCUCUCUAGCUUCAGACAAAGAUAAUAAAAUGCCUCGUACAUCGUCUGAUGUUUCUCCUUCUGUCAAGAUUAAGUAUGCAAAACCUGUGUACCAAUAUGUUGUCAACAACUUUUUAACUGUCAUCCUAGUACCAAUCAUGGCUAAUGUCAUAUAUAAACUGCUAAUUUCGAGCCCAGAUGAUAUACUUGACAUUUGGAAAUCUUUUCGAUUUGAUUCUGUCCAAAUAUUAUGCUCGUUAUUCGCAGUCGUCUUUGUGUCCACCAUCUACUUCAUGUGGAAACCUAGAUCGGUUUAUCUUGUCGAUUAUGCUUGUUACAAGCCACCGGCAGUAUGUCGUGUCCCAUUCUCUACCUUCAUGGAACAUUCUAGACUUAUCUUAAGCAGCGAGCCUAAAAGCGUCGAAUUUCAAAUGAGGAUCUUGGAGCGUUCGGGUCUCGGUGAAGAAACUUGUUUGCCACCAGCAAUACACUAUAUCCCGCCAACUCCGAACAUGGAAGCUGCACGAAAAGAAGCCGAAAUUGUGAUAUUCUCAGCAAUGGAAUCUCUUUUCGAGAAGACCGGAUUGAAACCUAGAGACAUUGAUAUUCUUAUUGUAAAUUGCAGUCUUUUCUCCCCGACUCCAUCUCUAUCAGCCAUGGUUAUAAAUAAAUACAAGAUGAGAGGCAAUAUAAAGAGCUUUAAUCUAUCUGGGAUGGGGUGUAGUGCAGGUUUAAUAUCCAUUGACUUAGCUCGUGAUCUGCUGCAAGUUCAUCACAAUUCAAAUGCAAUUGUUGUAAGUACUGAGAUCAUCACACCGAAUUAUUAUAAGGGUAAAGAGAGAUCUAUGUUGCUACCCAAUUGUUUGUUCAGAAUGGGUGGUGCUGCUAUUCUAUUGUCUAACCGGAAGGCGGACGGAAGGCGGGCCAAAUACCGUCUCCUGCACGUCGUCCGAACACAUAAAGGUGCAGACGAUAUGGCCUACCGUUGUGUCUAUGAAGAAGAAGACCCUCAAGGAAAAUCAGGGAUAUCACUAUCUAAAGAUCUUAUGCGAAUAGCUGGUGAUGCAUUGAAAUCGAAUAUCACCACAGUAGGUCCUCUGGUACUUCCUGCAUCAGAACAGCUUCUUUUUGUUCUUACACUGAUAGCUAGAAAAGUGUUCAGCCCAAAUUUGAGGCCAUACAUCCCUGACUUUAAGCAAGCUUUUGAGCACUUCUGCAUCCACGCAGGCGGCCGAGCAGUAAUCAACGAGCUGCAGAAGAACUUGGACCUAUCGGCCGAGCACGUAGAGGCAUCACGGAUGACGCUACACCGGUUUGGCAAUACGUCCUCCUCUUCAUUGUGGUAUGAGCUAAGCUACAUCGAGGCAAAGGGAAGAAUGAGAAAAGGAGAUAGGAUUUGGCAGAUAGCAUUUGGAAGUGGAUUUAAGUGUAACAGUGCUGUGUGGAAAUGUAACAAGACUAUCAAAACACCAGCAGAUGGACCUUGGUUUGAUUGUAUUGAAAAGUAUCCAGUUCACAUCCCAGACGUGGUGAAGCUCUAAGGCAAAAAUUAACUAUUGGGGACUGCUCGUCUAGGAAUUUAAGUUGUAUUUUCGUUGUGUCGGUUUUUUGUUUGUGUCACCCCGCUAUAGAAAGGAAAAAAAUAUCUGCUAGGAAAUACGAAAAAAAAUUGACUUUUUACCCAUGCAUCGUCUAAGACAACUAUUUUUAUCAGCUGUAACCACAACUCCACCAACUGAGAAUGCGUAUACGAAAAACAUGAGGAGUGAAGGAGGGUGGAAAAAAAUUGCAAUGUUUUCUUUUACA